GCUUCCGCCCAAGUGCUGUCUUUUUCGGUCCCCUGUUGUUCGGUGGAGGACGUUUUAUCCUUUUCUGACAGGAUUUUACGCGAUUUUCUUUAUAAAUAAUUAGCAAAAAAUGAGUUUAGCAAACGCAAGACCUUUGGUCUCCGUCUACUCGGACAAAAAUGAGCAAGUAAAGGAUAAGAACGUCUGCUUACCAACAGUUUUCAAAGCUCCAAUUCGCCCGGAUAUUGUGAAUGAAGUUCAUCAGCUCAUCCGUCGCAACAGCCGUCAGCCCUAUGCCGUUAGUGAGCAAGCAGGUCAUCAAACGUCUGCUGAAUCUUGGGGUACCGGUCGUGCUGUCGCCCGUAUUCCUCGUGUUCGUGGUGGUGGUACUCAUCGUUCUGGCCAGGGUGCUUUCGGUAACAUGUGUCGUGGUGGUCGUAUGUUUGCCCCAACUAAGACUUUCCGUCGCUGGCACCGCAAGGUCAAUGUCAACCAGCGCCGUUACGCUAUUGUCUCGGCUAUUGCUGCAUCCGGAGUUCCAGCUCUUGUCCAAUCUAAGGGCCACAUCAUCGACGGUGUUUCGGAAUUCCCCUUAGUUGUGUCGGAUGAAGUACAGAAGCUACAAAAAACCAAGCAAGCCGUUGUAUUCUUGAGACGUAUGAAAAUCUGGGCAGACAUCCAAAAAGUGUACAAGUCACAGCGUUUCCGUGCUGGUCGUGGUACAAUGCGUGAUCGCCGCCGUAUCGCUCGUCGUGGUCCCUUGAUUGUUUACUACAAGGACGAAGGUCUGCGUCGCGCAUUCCGUAACAUCCCUGGCAUUGAGACAAUGAACGUAGAUAAGUUGAAUUUACUGAAGCUGGCACCUGGUGGCCACGUUGGCCGUUUCGUCAUCUGGACAGAAUCUGCAUUCGCUCGCUUGAAUGAAUUGUUUGGUUCAUGGAAGAAACCAUCAACUUUAAAGAAAGGCUACAAUUUGCCUCAACCUAAGAUGGCCAAUACCGAUUUGUCCCGUUUAUUGAAAUCUGAAGAAAUCCGUAAGGUGAUUCGUGAUCCACGUAAGAAGGUAUUCCGCCGUGUCCGCCGUCUAAAUCCAUUGACCAAUGUGCGCCAGUUGAUCAAGUUGAAUCCUUAUGCCGAGGUUUUGAGACGACGCGCUGCAUUGGCUGCUGAAAAGCGUACGAUUGCCAAGAAAUUGGCUGUUUCUAAGAAAAGGAACGUAGAAUUGGCGAAAUCACAUUUCGCAGUUGUUGCAUCAAAGGCGCAAGCCAACCGUACUAAAAUGCUUCAGAAAGUAUUGGCUGAACGUAAGAAGAAAGCCACUGCUAAAAACGCAGCCAAAAAGGCAGCGCCAGCCCCAGCCAAGAAGUAGAAUGGAUUGAGUUCAUCGUUAUUCUUUUCAUAAUAUGUAAUGGAAGAGUAGUUACAAGAGUUCUAUUCAUAAUAUAAAAUACUUUAUAAAAACA